CUGCUGGCGCUGGCCGUGAUCAGCAUCCUUAUUUCGGCUCCUCUUGGGGCUAUCUUGAUUCCCUUCGCAGGUCCCUAUCUCUUGCAGCAGAACACUCGUGUUGCCCGACUUACUGUGAGAUCAAAAAGUGAUAGUACAAUAGAACCUUGCUCAAAAAAGAUCAAACCAGAGGCAAUGCUGGCGCAUUAA